AUGUCUAUCGAGCACAUGUCGGACGGACGAUAUUCAACGAAGAGGCGCAAGCUCAGCCACGAUUCGCAAGACGACGAUGUUGAUCUGUCUGAAGCUUCUUCCAACGCCGGCGACGACGGUGAUGCUCCAGACGAUCUCCCAAGAAAUGGCCCAACUUCAAAGAGACAGCCACAGAAAUCAGCCCUCAAGUCCAGUACUACAUCCGUGUUAAAGCCUGCUGUGCUGCCGACCGGGGGCAUCAACAAAUCAUCUAUUCUCGGACUCCAAGUAGCUGAUCUGAAUGCCGAGGUCACGCCAAAUUAUGACAAACUGCGAUCUAAAUGGAUCACUCUUUCACAGAAGCUGAUAUCAGUCAUCAAAGACACCAAAGACGUUUCACCCAUCAGUGCGACGGAUGCUGUAAAGCUGCUUCGCAAACAAGGAAUAAAGAUUCCAUUUCCGCACCCACAGCCGUCGAAAGAUACGAACUACAAGUUCGGGUUCGUUGCUCCGAAGCAAGUGCUGGUUGGUGGCGCUCUGCCAUGGGGUUUAAGUCUGAAGGAUGAAAACGCUAUAGAGCUAACAGCUAUUAUACCCGAGGGCGUCUUACAGGAGAAAGACUAUCUCAACAACAGGGCAUGCCACAAGGCUGCAUUCUACCUUGCUUGUAUUGCUUCAGCAAUCAAGAGCGAUGAAGACGUUGACUUCAGUAUCUCCUUUGCACAUAAGCACGACGUCGAUCUCUUGCCGGUUAUUGACCUCGUGGCUAAGGACACAGGACUAUCAAAGUUCAAGUUCCAGAUUGCUGUGGGUUUCAAUCACCCUUCGAUACCCAUAGCAAAGACCGUACCUUCGAAAAAUUGCCUUAGGCAAGAAAUACCGGGCAGCAAAGAACAAGGGCGCGAAUCAUCUCCAUUCUAUAACAGUGCCAUUCGGUACGCGGCAUCCAUUUCGGCCAUCGACCAACUCAUCCGAUCAAUAAGGAGUCCGUCUUUCGACGAAGCAUGCCGGGUGGGCCAAAUCUGGCUUCGACAACGAGGCUUUUCCAGUUCCGCUCGCUUAGGAGGGUUCGGCUUUUUGGAGUGGACCAUAGUAUGUGCACUGUUAACACGCACAGGUGGUCAUCGUGGCCACCCACUGUUCUCCAAACAGUACAGUGGCAUUCAGUUUUUCAAGGCCAUGCUCCAGAUCCUGGGUGGGAGAGAUCUGCGAGAACCGAUGCUCCUCAAUGGUGCCAGCUUCCAUCUCCCGCGCUCAGAUAUCCCAGUUCUCUACGACAGGAAGACGGGUGUCAAUAUCCUCUAUAAGAUGUCUCCUUGGUCGUACGAAUCCCUGCGUCACCACGCGCAAGUCUCUUUGGCAGCGCUCAAUUCCCGCAACCAGGAUGGCUUUGACGCAACCUUUGUGCUGAAUGUCGCAAUACCUUUGAUGCAGUACGACGAGAUAUUCUCGAUUAGGGUAUCUGGUGACCGAAUCAGGACUCCUGCAGAUCAGCGACAAUUUGUGCAAAGAAUGUACAAGGUCCUGCAAAAAGGAUUGGGCGAUAGAGUGACUUUGAUCGACUUCAAGCUGCCUCAAAAAUCGUGCUGGCCGCUGAACAAGGACUCAUCUCUUUGCAAAGAGGAUUUUGAGCUGCAAGUUGCGUUGCUCACCAAUCCAGAAACCGUCAACCGUCUUGUGGACCACGGCCCAUCCGCUGAUGAACAAGAAGAAGCCACCGAAUUCCGGGAGUUCUGGGGCGAAAAGGCAGAGCUGCGCCGAUUUAAGGAUGGCAGUAUAUCUGAAAGUCUAGUGUGGGCAGGAGACCGGCCGGCGACGUUGCAAAUCAUCGCACACCUUGCAGCCUUGCAUUUCAAAUUGCCGCCGAGCGCGCUUGAAACAAGGACUCGAAAUCUAGAAUCCAGUGUCCUCGGUGACAGCAACUUCACAUCAGGCUUUUCGCCCAAGGACGCCUUCCGUGUCAUCAACUCGACGUUCCAGACCUUGACGUCUACUCUGCACAAUCUCGAAGGCCUUCCACUGCCGAUCCGUUCAAUCUCUCCCGCAGACCCUGCGCUACGCUCGAGCUCUACGCUCCAUCCAUUGCUCCCGUCGACGUCGUCUCCCAUCGAUAUCACCAUUCAGUUUGACUCUUCCACAAGAUGGCCAGACUCCCUGCCAGCCAUCCAGCAUACUAAAAUUGCGUUCCUUCUCAAACUUUCCGAGCUGCUGAGCUCAAAUGACCCAGGUCUCACCGCCCGUGUGGGGAUUGAGAACACAGAAUCGGCUACCACAGGCUACUUCAAUACCUCGUUCCUUGACAUCAUUUAUCCUUCUCCAGCUCCUGGCAUCAGUCCAACCUGCUUCCGCGCUCGCAUUUACCAUGAUCGGGAAGCUCACCUCAUUCAGGCUGCCCUGGCGGAUAAGUCCCUGCAUGGAGCUCUGAGAGACUCCCUCGCGGUCGCUCUGGCGACAUACAAACGUGACUUCCAGGCAAAGCCGAUCCAUACGACCACGAUUCGCAACCUGAUCACCCGAUUUCCGCCUUUGUCAAGCACAAUCCGCCUGCUGAAGAAAUGGGUGUCAUCCCACCUGCUCCUUCACGAACAUAUUCCUGAGGAAAUUCUUGAACUCAUCGCUGCACAUAUCUUCCUGCACCCCGCCCCUUGGAGUGCCCCCGGGUCUGCGACAACAGCGUUUCUGCGUUGCCUCCACUUCCUCUCAAGAUGGGAUUGGGCAUACUCACCGCUAACAAUCGACCUGAGUGUCUCCCAGGACUCGAUGGCCGCCGCACAAAUUGCUGAGAUCCAGAACCGAUUCGAGGCAUGGAGGAAGUUGGAUCCUCAGAUGACCAACGUGGUGUGGUUUGUGGGCACAAACAUUGACACGAGCGGGACCGUGUGGACUGUCAAUAGUCACCCUCCGCGGGUCGUUGCCGGUCGACUGACCGCACUGGCGGGGGCAGCGGUCGAAAUCAUCGAGAGAAAAAGCCCAGGCAUGAUGGAGGCCGAGUGGAGGGAACUCUUUGAGAGCCCGCUGGGGGAUUAUGAUUUCCUGAUCCACCUGAAACCGUCCGUCGUCCGCGGCGGUGGAUUCAAGGCCAAACGAUCGAAUGCAGCCAAGUCUGGGCCCGUGGGGGAAGCGGCAGACUUCAAGAACCUCCAGAUCGCCGAGAGCCUGGACGUCGACUCGAUCGGCUACGACCCCGUCGAGCUGUAUCUGCGCGAUCUCAACCACGCGUUCGGGUCAGCGGCCCUAUUCUUCUACGAUCGCCAUGGCGGACAGGUCAUUGCGGGCCUGUGGAAGCCGGCUGUCUUGGGGCGAAAGGAGUGGAGGGUGAGACUGGGCUGGUCGAGUGUGCCCGUCAAGACCGAGGGAGAGGCGGAAGAAGGGAAGGACAUGUGUAUGUUCAACAGGGGUGGGGUGCUGGCAGAGAUGGCGAGGUUGGGAGAGGGCCUUGUGAGGGAGAUCAAAACCAAGAAAUGA